AUGGAAAUAAGGCAUGAAGAAGAUGCUAUAAUAGAGCUCUACAACGUAUCCAUGAGUGGAUGUACAACCACAUUAUCUAGGUUGAUCCAUAAAGAGCCAAACAUCCUUAACAGAAUUUCCCUCACUUCUAUGAGUGAAACUCCAUUACACAUAUCUACUUUAGUUGGUCACCUUGAUUUCAGUAGAGCUCUUCUACUGCUAAAACCCCAACUUGCUAUCGAGUUGGACUCCCAUAAACGUUGCCCCCUUCACAUGGCUUCUGCUGAGGGCCACAUUGAGAUUGUCCAAAUAUUAUUACGUGCAAACAACAAUGCAUGCUUAAUUCGUGAUCAAGAUGAGAGAAUUCCUCUCCACUAUGCAGUCAUGAGGGGACGAAUUGAUGUUGUGAGGGAGUUGAUCACUGCGCAGCCUGACUCAUCUCAAAUUGUGCUUGAUGGGGGUGAGACUGUUUUGCAUGUAUGUGUUAAAUACAACCAAAUAGAGGCUCUUAAAUUGCUGGUGGAAUCUUUGAGUGACGAAGGGGAUUUUCUCAAUUCCAAAGACCAUGAUGGUGGCAAUACUAUAUUGCAUUUAGCUGUGAUGCUAAAGCAAACCAAGAUAGUUAAAUACUUGCUUUCAGUGUCUAAAGUGAAAGAUGGAGCGUAUUCAUUGAACCAGAUGGGUUUUACAACCUUAGAAGUCUUAGAUUACUGUACAGAAGACUUGAAAGGUGUCACCAUUCGAAAAAUUUUAUUAGAUGCUGGGAUUGAAAGAGCAAGGAACCAAACAAAUCUUCAACCACCAUUAGCAGUUGUUAUUGGUCACCAUGAACCAGCAAAACCAGUGCAGCCAAGCAAGAAUUGGAGGUUGAAAUGGAUAGAAUACUUGAGCUACCAGGGUGAUUGGUUAGGAGAGAUGCGUGGUGCAUUAAUGGUGGUGGCUACUGUUAUCACAACUAUAACUUUCCAACCUGUACCUAAUCCCCCAGGUGGAGUUUCGCAAACAAAUGAAACCAUAAGUAUUGAGAGUAAUGGAAAGAGAUACAAUAUUACAUGUCCAGACGGAACCUCGGUCUUAGCCUGUUAUUCUGAUCAGUACUUAUACUCAUUUUUCUUGAUUUGCAAUCUUUCACUGCAUCUUUGUGUGUGA